GCGAUUUCUUAUGAAGAAAGAGUUACACAAGUAUAUGGGCCAGUUAGUGCUGUAGAUAAUUGAAAAUGCACGUGAAUAUAAAUACAUCAUUUAUCGUGUUAUUGGUAGCUGGGGUGUCCAUCGCUUGGCGACCCAUUGCUCACGAUCGGAGAUGCGAGGUCUACUCAACCACACCAGCUCUUACCAAAUGUGGAUCGUACAGAUACCAAUACGACCGCAAAAACAAUUUGUGCCAGUCAACAUGCUCCGCGGUGGCUCCAUUUCAAUCUUUCAUGGAAUGCAGCGGGAAUUGCAGAAGCGUUGAAGUAUGCUUCAUGCAUCGCCCCCUAUCCAGCUGCGGAUCUGAAGUAUUUCCCGUUUACUAUUUUAAUCCUGCGAAAGAUGCCUGCCUCGUGGAGUACGGAUGUACAUACAAAGGAAACAACUUUCCGACUUUGGCAGAAUGCCAACGUACUUGUAGGGCCAAGGUGCAAGGGCCUCCACCAGUAAUGCCGAGUGUUCCGGGUAACACUGUUCCAUCACAACAAAACCCAACUCAAUCCAGUACCGGAGCAUCACCGCCGUUUACACAACAGACCCCACAAUCAACUUGGAAUAAUCCCACGCCUCCUCAUCCGAGCGCACAGCCAUGGAACAGCGGAAUGCCGUCACCAAACCAGCAGCAAGGUGCGCCUGGGCAAUCUGGUCCUGCAAUGGUACCACCACCGUGGAAUAAUCAAGCGCCUUCAAGUUCUCAUCAGCGGCCGCAGCAACCAUGGAAUGGCGCAGUUUCACCAACGCUGCAGAGUCCUGGGAGCGUGCCACCAUUUCCUCCCCAGUCCGGCCAGCAGCCUUGGAAUGGCCCGACAAUGUCACAGCCGGGAACGCAACAACAAUGGGGUAACGGAAUUCCACCAUUGAAUCCCCAGCAGCAGCCAGGUACAAGCACAGUGCCACCAUAUCAACAGCAGCCUGGACAUCAGUCGUGGAGCGGCCAAAUGGUGUCACCAAAUCAACAGCACAGCCCACAGCAGCAAUGGAAUAAUGGGGCACCACCAACGAGUAACCCAAGCAUAGCGCCGCAACAGUCGGGUGCUGUAACAAUGCCAACAUCCCCACAGCAACAAUGGAACCCUCCACGAUCGUCGGGUAUACCAACGCAGGGCACGCAACAGCAAUGGGGCAGCGGAAAUCUACCAGCAAGUACACUGCAGCCUCCGAGCGCCACAGCGGUGACCUCUAGUGCACAAACAGGCCCACAAAAACCGUGGGGAAACAUAGGUUGGCCAGUGAAUCAGCAGCCGAAUACGGCAGCGCAGCCGGUUAACGGAGCAGCUCAAGCGCCUUCAAAUCAGCUCACGCAACCAUCAUGGAUGAACCCGAACACAAACGCGCAGACGCAGAAGUUGGUACGCCGGCGAGUGUUGUCAAUUAAACAACAGACAACGCAGCAGCAAUGGCGCCGCAGAGCCAUGACGACUAUUUCAGGACCCGUCAACUGAGGUUGAGCGACUCGUACCCCCACACAAGAAACUUGCAACAUUUCCUUCGUCCAGUGGAUGCGAAGGAUAAGUUUGAAGCACUGAAAUAUCAUCUUAUCACAUGAGAACAAAUAAAAAUGGUCAGUUUACUAA